AGUGCCGCGGCGGCCCGGAGGUGGCGGGAGGACGGCUCCGCGCUGCAUGCGGGGCGGGGACCAGGGGACCCGUGCGGGCCGCCUCCAGAGAAUGAGGCUGCCAGCCUUGAGAGCACCACCGUUACCUGGUUGAAGAAGGGAGGGGAAGUCCAGCAUUGGCCUCUGCAGCGUGGAUCUCCCGGCCAGGCUCUCAGCUGUCAGAUCCUACAACCAGAACUCUGCGCCUCAGGAUGGAGGCUCCAGCCCAGAAGGCUGGGCAGGGAGGACUCCCCAUGGCCGAUGCCCAGGGUGCCUCCGGGGCCCGGGAGAAGAGGCCCGAGGAGCCGAGGCCCCUCGAAGAGGACCGAGCUGGGAGCCGCCCCACUCAAAAGGGGAACCUGCGUGGAGCGGCGGGCGGUAGGACGACUCCCCCAGGCGGGGGCUCCUGGGGCUGCAGCCUCGGGGUGAGCCCCGGCCCAGGGACCCGGCACAGCGCCGGGACCAGACCCCUAGUGCGGGAGCCGUGCGGCCCCACCUCUUCUCAGAACCCUGAGCUGGUUAUCCCCGAGGGGCUGCAGUCCCGGGAGGGCCCCUGUAGGAGCCCAGCGCGUGGCGGGGACUGCAGCAGGAACUCCUGCCUGGCGUGGCAUCGCGGGGCGCCCGCUGGGGAGACGCCACCCGUGUGUGACCCCUGUCCGGAGCGGAUCCGGAACCACCCCCGGACUCAACUGUGUGAGGUCCACACGGACUGCUGGCCAUGCCAACCGGGGACUGGCGCUCCGACCUGCCCGAGGACCCCAAAGCCGACCUCCCGCGGGAGGAGCCCCUUGGUGCAGCAGCCCCGGGCUUGCGCGUGCGGCGAGGCCUUUGCGUGGAGGGCCCUGCGGAUCCCCCAGGAGAGGCUGCAGGCGACGGAGGAGCCCCGUCCGUGUGCCCGGUGCGGGAAGCGCUUCCGCCCCAACCAGCAGCAGCAGACGGGCAAGAGCCCCCCAGUGUGUCCUGAGUGCGGCCAAACCUCGCGACCUCGCCCGAUUGUCCCCGACCCCUCGGCCCAGCGACUGUACGCUUGCGACGAGUGCGGCAAGGCCUUCACGCGCACCUCCAGCCUGCUGCAGCACCAGCGCAUCCACACGGGCGAGCGGCCCUACGAGUGCGCCGAGUGCGGCAAGGCCUUCGUGCGCUGCUCCGGCCUGUACCGUCACCAGAAGACGCACUCGGCCGAGCGCCACCGGCGUGGCCCCGGCCUGGCCCCGCGCGCCUUCCGGCUGGGGUGCCCGCCCUGCGGGGACUGCAGCGAGCGGAGUCCCCGACGGGGGUCGGGAGCCGGGGGGAAGCCGUACGAAUGCGCCGACUGCGCCAAGGCCUUCGGGCUGUUCUCGCACCUCGUGGAGCACCGGCGCGUGCACACCGGCGAGAAGCCCUACGCGUGCCCCGAGUGCGGCAAGGCCUUCAACCAGCGCUCGAACCUGAGCCGGCACCAGCGCACGCACAGCAGCGCCAAGCCCUACGCGUGCCCACUGUGCGAAAAGGCCUUCAAGGGCCGCUCGGGCCUGGUGCAACACCAGCGCGCGCACACCGGCGAGCGGCCCUAUGGCUGCUCCGAGUGCGGAAAGACCUUCCGCGGCUGCUCCGAGCUGCGCCAGCACGAGCGCCUGCACUCGGGCGAGAAGCCUUACAUCUGCCGCGACUGCGGCAAGGCCUUCGUGCGCAACUGCAGCCUGGUGCGCCACCUGCGCACGCACACGGGCGAGCGGCCCUACGAGUGCGGAGAGUGCGGCCGCGCCUUCAGCCAACGCUCCAACCUCAACGAGCACCAGAAGCGGCACGGGGGCCGCGCCGCGCCUUGACUGCAGGGAGCCGAGAGUCGACGCGUCGCCCAAGCGAACCCUGCGUCGAGGAGGGGCCUUUGUCCCGGAAAACCCACCAACGUUUGUAACCUUGAUUAAACUUCACUUUGUACACAUGGCGUCCACAGGCUUCCACUAACUCGAGUUUUAUUUGACCUUUUCUAACCGGGCGCACAGCAUCCGGUUGCAGGCAUAAGCAGUAAUAAUCUCGAGUCGGCGCUGAUACGGCCCAGACGCUGUGUCCACGAUCUCUAGGGUCUUUUUCUCCGCAGAGCCGCGGUGCGUGUUACCGGGCUCUCUGGUAUGCGAGGAAACGGGGAAAAGUGACUCUCCAGAGGCACGAACAUAAGACGGUGGAGGCAGGAUUCGAACCUAGGGCCUCUCAUAUCCCUUAGGCAGCUUCAGGAGCCUUGGGACCGCGGGGUAUUUGCACACCCUCUACCGUAGCCGGCCUGGCACAGCUCGUAACCCUCCAGAAGUGAGACCUCGGGGCAGGCUUCUGCCUGUCCCGGCCCUGGCGGCUCGGCAGUCGCGGCAGAAAGGGUUCCCUUAGGUGAAGUGUGAUGCCCUGGCAAGCUUGCCCUGGUCUGACUGACGAGCGGGGUCGCCGUUAUUGUCGUCCCCCGCUGGACUCCAGACUGAACCGCAUCUCCCCAAGCCUCCGCGGUGUGAGUGGAAGUGGGUGCCUGAGGUGUCGGCACAACGUCCCCAGCACCGCAGAGGUGAGAGUCCACCGGGAUCUACCACAGCAUGCCUCUUCCCAGCUAUGUGAGUGGCUGUCCAUGGCUAUGAUUCCAAUUUCUCCCUGCAUUUCAUCCACACUGGUUCCAGACAGACCCAAGGCUCCCACUCCAGAGUCCGAAUGGGGCAGGCUGACUAGGGACAUAUCUGUGUGGAGCACCUUGCCCUUUGGCUGCAGUUUCCUCCUCACACCAGCUGGGAGGGCCGGGAGGAUGCUUGCACGUGGCUCAGCUAGAGCCCUGGAGAAGGCAGAGCCCUGGGCUCUCAGGGCCUAGACCUUGUUGCUUCCAAUAGGGUUCCCCAAGUGUGGCCUGGGACCCCGAACAGAAGAAUCCUAGGUGGCCCCUGCAGCCACACUGGGGACCGCGUGGGCUGGUCACUGACAUUUACCACACUCUGUGGCCCUCAGGCUACUGUGCAGAUGGGCACCGUUUACGCCCCAGACCUUGGUGACCCUCCAUGGAGUACCUCCUUAUUUGCCCUUGCCAAGGUCAGACCAGGGAAAGCGUCUCUGAAGGGUAGAUGCUCAGAGCUUCCAGUGGGGCAGCCAAAGGGCAGGGCCUGAAACCAGCCUCAGAGGCCCCUGGGGAAUCUACCCAGGAGAAACUCACCUCACAGUGUCCUCUGUCCUCUGCACCCCCCAAAAGGCUCAGGUCUUGGUUAAUCCAGCACUCACCCACCAAGGGCUUAAAUCCCUCUGUUGUAGGGAAAGCAUCCUGAUGAGGGAGGCCCUGCCCGUGGUUCCUCCUACCUGGUAGUCUCCUUGAUGCUCUCCCCAGCCUCCAGGAGAGGGAGAGCAGUGCUUGCCGUGCCCCUAGUACCCCAGGACUCUUCUCACAGAAUUUCCCCAAGCAGCAGCUCUGCUGGUGUUCUGUCACUUUUAUGUGCUGCUCAGUCAGGUGUGGCCAGAAGAGGAGACACAGGACAAGCUCAGGAAAACAAAGUUCAUCAUGCUCACAGAUCCUGGAAACAGGAGGCGCGGCCCACGAGGAAGGACACAUGAGAAAGCACCAGCAUCUGUCAGAGGCAGCAGGGGCAGGACCAAGGGGGAGCUCUAAGCCAGAGCCUUUACUGGGGUUUCCAAGGGAAAAGCAAGGCAGAGCAGAGCCUACAGCACAGGACUGGCUAGCUGGAGUAAUUCCUGUGGGCUUUCAGCUGUGGGAGUGUUCCCCAGCUGCUUGGCUCCUGUUCCUGGGAUGAUUAAGACAGAGGAAUACUGUCUCCUGCGGUGUGUGGACCAGGUAGAGGGGUGAGGCUCUGGAUUGGUUAGUUUGCACAUCAAGGGCAUGCUCCAGGCCAAGCGUGGUGGCUCAGGCCUGUAAUCCCAGUGCUUUGGGAGGCUGAGUUGGGCGGAUGGCUUGAGCUCGGGAGUUGGAGAACAGCCUGGGCAACAUGGCAAAACCCCGUUUCUACUAAAAAUACAAAAAUUAGCCGGGCAUGGUGGCAUGUGCCUGUAAUCCCAGCUACUUGGGAGGCUGAGGCACAAGAAUCCCUUGAACCUGGGAGGCAGAGGUUGCAAUGAGCUGAGAUCGCGCCGCUGCACUCCAGCCUAGGUGAGAGCAAGACUUUCUCAAAAAUAAAUAAAUAAAUAAAUAAAUAAACAAACAAACAAA